AUGAUUGACAACGAAACUGUCUACCUGUGCCUCAGUCACGACAAGAUUAUUCAGCAUCAGGCAACUCCAAUUGAUGCGACUCAUCACCAAAUCAGCGACGGUGCUGCAUGGACCAUCAUUUCUACAGACAAGGCUGAGUACCGUUUCUUCGAGGCAAUGGGUCCUGUAUCACAACCGAUUACGCCGGUGCCAGUUGUGAAUGGUUUGGAUAUCACGGGCAGCGAUUCAAUGGCUCGCAUAGAGCUAACUGGCUAUAAUAUGAAACCAAAUUUGAAAAUCUGGUUUGGUACCACUCCAGUGGAAACCAUUUACAGGUGA